AGCCAUGUCGUCACUUCCUCCUAUUUACACAGAUCCGGAAGUGGCGGAAGACAACAGUGGACGUUCACAGCUCAUUUGUGACACUUUGACAAAAAGAAAACACAGACAAGACAUUUAGUUUGAGUCGGUUGACAACCAAAGAGCACAACUGUCGACAUGUUUUCCUUCCAGGUGUUCGACCACCCGAUGUCGCGCGGGUUCCAGAACCGCUUCUCCACGCAGUACCGCUGCUACUCCGUGUCCAUGCUGGCGGGGCCGAACGACCGGUCCGACGUGGAGAAAGGCGGAAAGAUAAUAAUGCCACCUUCAGCUCUCGACCAGCUCAGCAGGCUGAACAUCACCUAUCCAAUGUUGUUCAAGCUGACCAACAAGAACUCGGACAGAAUGACCCACUGUGGUGUUCUGGAGUUUGUGGCAGAUGAGGGAAUCUGUUAUUUGCCACACUGGAUGAUGCAGAAUCUCCUGCUGGAGGAAGGAGGUCUGGUGCAGGUGGAAAGUGUAAACCUCAUGGUGGCCACUUACUCAAAGUUUCAGCCACAGAGUCCGGACUUCCUUGAUAUUACAAACCCAAAGGCAGUGCUGGAGAAUGCGUUGAGAAACUUUGCCUGCUUGACAACCGGUGACGUCAUAGCUAUCAACUACAAUGAAAAGAUAUAUGAGCUGCGGGUAAUGGAGACCAAGCCAGAUAAAGCAGUAUCCAUCAUCGAGUGCGAUAUGAACGUGGAUUUCGAUGCUCCGUUGGGCUACAAAGAACCCGAACGACGACCUCAGUACCAGGAAGAACCAACAGAGGAAGAAGCCGAUCCCAGCAGCUAUGCCGACAUGGACACAGGAUUCAGAGCUUUCACCGGUUCUGGCAAUCGUUUGGAUGGUAAACUAAAAGGGAUCGAGCCGAGCCCUGCUCCUCUUGACGCAAGUGACAUUAAAAGAGGCAUUCCCAACUACGACUUCAAAGUUGGCCGGAUCACCUUCAUCAGAAACUCGAGGCCUCUGCCCAAGAAAAUAUUAGACGAUGAUGAUUCCGUGAACAGAUUCAUCGCCUUCUCCGGAGAAGGACAGUCACUACGCAAGAAGGGCAGAAAGCCUUGAAGAACUCCAAGCACAGAGACCCACCAUAUCUAUCGUCACCUUCAACAGCAAAGUUUAAAAAAUGUUCUUCAGAUGCAUCUCUGUCCCUUUGAAAUGAGAGUUUUGCUGUUGAGUUGUGAUGAUUGUACAUAAUUAAAACUUUUGACAGUAAUGUUUUGCUCAAAAAGAACCUGAGCUGCAUAAAAUACUGUCCGUUUUAAUUUGGUGUUAAAAUGUUUGGGGUGACUGAUUUGAGCCCUGCAGAAUAAAUUCAAGUCAACGAGAAAAAUAGUUAUUUGUGAAAUACUUUUGCAAUAUCAGAUUUAUUUCAGAUAUAUCAGAUAGAUUUAGCAAUUCCUACUUUUUUUUCAUAAUUGUGAUAUUUUUACAGUUCACUUUGGAUAUACUGUCAGGCAAAUGGGAGCAAUAAUGGCUCCAUGCUUCCAUUUCAAUUAUAAAUGAUGAAUUGUUUUUUUCCCCCUUGGUUAUUGGAAUAAUUUGCAAGUUUUUCCCCACAUUUGUUCCUGGUUUAUUUAUAGACAAAUAAAGGAUUGAGUUUUUAAGUUAA